CUCUCCCCGAUCCUGCGCCAGCGAGGAUUUGAGUCCCGGAGGGCGCAAAACUGGGCGGUGCUGGGCGGCGCACGUGUGACCGGAGGCUUUGGCAACCUUUUCGUGAACACCAGCAGCUGCAGCUCUGCUUGAAGGAGAGUUAAACCUUGAAAAAUGUGUUGUGAAAGAAAUAGAUUUCUGCUGCUUUAUGCAAGUCAGAAAGGACAGGCAAAAGCCAUAGCUGAAGAAAUAUGCCAGGAGGCAAAGGAACAUGGAUUUGAAGCUGAUAUUCAUUGCAUCAGUGAAUCGGAGCAGUAUAACUUGGAUAAGGAAAAGGAUCCUGUGGUUAUUGUUACUUCUACUACUGGUACAGGAGAACCUCCAGAUACCGCAAUCAAGUUUAUAAAGGAAAUUAAUGACAAAAGUUUGCCAUCUGAUCACUUAUCUCAUAUACGAUAUGGACUGCUAGGUCUUGGAGACUCUGAAUACACAUUCUUCUGCAAUGGUGGAAAAAUAAUAGACAAACGAUUUCUGGAACUUGGGGCUCAACGGUUUUAUGAAGUGGGUUUGGCUGAUGAUGCUGUAGGGUUGGAGCUGGUGGUUGAACCAUGGAUUGCUGGACUUUGGGUUGCACUUAAUCAAGAGUUUACAUCUAGAAAAGAAGACAAAAAUAUAUCUUUUUGUGUCAACAAGUUUUCUAAUCUCUGUAUAAGCCUCCAAGCCGAAUGCUUGAAAACUGAAGAUUCCAGUGUGAAAAAUAAUCUUCCAUCAAAAGAAAAUAUUAACUCAGAACUUCCUACUGAAAACUCUCAACCUUCACUUUCUUUCUCUGGGUCUCCACUCUCAAAUGCAACUCUUAAUAUUCCUGCUUUGCCACCAGAAUAUCUAGAGGUACAGUUUGAAGAAAGCUGUGCUCAGAAUGCUAGCCUACCUUGUGUUUCGGAGAACUCCAUUUUUCAUGUUCCUAUCACCAAAGCUAUUCAACUUACUAGGGAUGAUGCAGUUAAAAAAACAUUGCUGAUUGAACUGGAUAUUUCUGAAACAACAUUUAACUACCAGCCUGGAGAUGACUUUAAUAUAAUUUGUCCCAAUAAUGCAUUGGAGGUGGAUGAACUUCUUGAUAUUUUGGGACUCUUGGGGGAAAAAGAUCAUUUUGUUUGCAUAAGAGUUAAGGAAGGCACUAAAAAAAGAGGAGCAACAUUGCCACAGUAUAUACCAGAUAACAGUACUGUUAAAUUUAUGUUUACAUGGUGUCUGGAAAUCAGAGCAGUUCCCAAAAAGGCAUUUCUGCGCUCUUUGGUAAACCAUACCACUGACAUUAAUGAAAAAAGGAGACUUCAAGAAUUGUGUAGCAAGCAAGGAUCCUCGGAUUAUAACUCUUUUAUAAGGAAUCCUAGUGUUACUUUAUUAGAUUUGCUCCGGGUUUUCCCAACUUGCAAACCCCCACUUAGUCUUUUGAUUGAACAUCUUCCAAAGUUGCAAGCCAGACCCUAUUCAGUUGCAAGUUCGACUUUGUUUCAUCCUGGAAAGAUGCAUUUCAUCUUUAAUAUUCUGGAGUUUCCAUCCCACCUAGGUGAGCUGCGAAGAGGGGUCUGUACGGGUUGGCUAGCUGAUCUGGUUGCCCCAGUCCUUCAGGUGAAUCAGAAGAGCAAAGAAUUCUUCUCUCCACAGAUCAACAUAACGUCUCGCCCAUCCAAUGUUUUUCACCUACCAGACAACCCAUCUGUUCCUUUUAUUAUGGUUGGUCCGGGAACUGGAAUUGCACCGUUUAUUGGCUUUCUUCAGCAUAGGCAAAAGCUCAGAGAAAAGCACCCAGAUUAUUUGUUUGGAGAGACGUGGUUGUUUUUUGGUUGCCGCCAUAAAGCCAGAGAUUACUUGUUCCAAGAUGAGCUCAGGUUCUUUCUUGAAAAUGGCGUGUUAACUUACUUGAUAGUUUGCUUCUCAAGAGAUGUUCCAGCUAUGGCAGAAACUGCCCCUCCUAAGUACGUUCAAGAUAACCUCCGGCUUUAUUGUAAAGAGAUUAGUAGGAUUUUGCUGCAGGAGAAAGGAUAUUUUUAUGUGUGUGGAGAUGCAAAAAAUAUGGCUAAAGAUGUGAAUGACACGCUGGUAGAAGUCUUCACCACUGAGAGAGGAGUUGAUAAAUUGGACGCAUUGAAAAUACUUGCCACAUUAAGAGAAGAAAAAAGAUACCUGCAGGAUAUCUGGGCCUGAACACUAGGUUUUUGAAUUCAUUUGACCAAUGUAAACAGCAAUUUUUUAAAUGCCUACUUCUGUCUGCAAUUUUCUUUCAAUUAUUAUUUGAACUCUUUUUCUAGGGAAAUAACAAAGAGAAAUACAUCAUUACCAAGACAUUUGUCACUGUACAAGUGGCUUUAAAUAAAUGAUGCCACUUAUUUCCAUCAAGAAUGGUGUUUCAUUUUUCUCUGAAGUUGAUCGAUGUAACUUUGCCUUAGGUUUGAAAAUAUGGCAUAGAUGGUAUAUGUUUUCUUCAGCUAUUAACAAACAGAGGGGUUUUUAAAACAAAAACUAUUGUAUGCUAUGUACAAUAUAUAGAGUGUAACAUGUUAUUCAAGUCAUCUUUCUGCUUUUGAAGGGAAAAAAACCUACAAUGGAUAAUUACAGAAAAAAGUACUUAUUUUUUAUAAGUACUUAUUUAUAACUUAUUUAUAAAUACAGCUGGAGCACUUGUAUUAAUUGAAUGAUUUUUACUAAAUGUACAUCUAAACCAGAGGUUGCCUUGGCUCCAUCCUUUUACUUUGGCAGUGCCCUCUUUUGGAACAAAGAAAAUUAUGAAAAUAAAUUUUGGUUGACAUGGUAUAAAGCAAAUAAUUUUCAUGAAAAUGAGUCCCAAUCCUGAACAGAAUCAGCUAUCACUUAAUGAUGGGCCUAAUGCCUAGUCUUGCCCAAAUAAUGUUCUAUGAACAGUGUUUUGAUAUGAAGGGAAAAAAAGUAUAUGUUAAAUUUCCUUCUCAUUUAAAAAUGAUCAAUGAAAUGGGCAUGAUUUAGUGUUGAAAAAAUAUAUGAAUAUUUGAAACAUUUUUCUUAAUUUCACUUACAAAGCCCAACUUUCUGAAUCAGUGGUUGUAGGCAUAGGAGUAAUCACUAAGUACAUUUUGCACAAUACAGAACCCUUGGUUAGAGUCAGGUUUCCACUGCCUUUGUAUGUUGCAUGAACCUAGCCUGCUUGGCUAGCCGACCAUUAGAGGUAUUGUGGAAACCAGGAAAAUGAACCACUUUGGUAAUCAGAUGAAGCACGUUGUGUGAAUCAUCUUUCAUUGAAUUUAGCUUUUAAGAGAAAUAAUGCACAAAUAAUUUCAUAUUUCAUUUUACUGUUAUUUUAAAA